AGUGACACGCUGGGGAGGGAGGGGGGGUCUAUUUUUAGCCCCUGAAUGGAUCUGUGCUGGAGCCGAGCUCUCUGCCCCCGUCAAGGGUACGGCAUCAUGUUGUGCUGGGAGGAUUUUCCUGCGUGGCUCUUUGAAUGGCUCCAUCCCCACCUUAGGUCGGGGUACAGGCAUGGAUAACUUUGAGUACAGCAUCCAGCUGAACGACAGGGAAUGGGCUGAGUUCUUCUUGGCCUCAGAGGAGUGCAACCUCACCCCGGCCUCGCUGGCCACGGCCGAGGAGCAGUGCCUCAGUGACAUUGAGCAAGGGGACGGCCACGCCAGCCCCCACAGGCUGAUCCCAGCCGGGGAGGGCAGCGAGCCAGCGCCUGGCACAGGGAGCUCUGCCCCACGUGGGGUGCCCGGAGACACCCCCCUGCGCUGCCAGGCCGGUGGGCACCUCUCCCCGCCGGAGCUGCUGUCGGGCAGCGAGGACGAAGCGGAGCUGGGCUCGGUCGGCAGGUUCCUGUGUGAGAGCGACCAGCCCGGCUGCCCGUCCGGCCCUGCCAUGCCCAGCGCACAGAGGAGGCAGCCCCCUCGCCCCCCUGCAGCCCCCCUCGCCGGGCAGGUUGGUGGCACAGCCCAGGGCAGCCCAGGGCAGGACGCAGCGGGCGAAGCGACAGCGUCGGAGAAAGGAGCGGCCGGAGGCAGCCGGGACAUGGAGACCCCCAACACUCCAAGUGCUCCUGAGCAGGGAGGGGACUCAGGAGGGGGACAACCCCAUGGCAGCGAGGUGGUGGCACAACCGGGGACGCCGGUGGGAGGUAGUUCACCAGCACCCCCUGCCAGGAAAAGGCAUCCCAGCGCUUCCCACUCGGAGCCCAGGCUGCGGGGACCCUCGUGUGACCCCCCCAGCCCAUCCCCGGGGGCUGCACAGGAGGAGGUGAGCGGGGAGAGGACGGGGGCCGAGCAGAGCUCCCCGGCCGGGUCCCCCAGCGUGGUGAGGCCCAAGGUGCUGGGGCAGCAGAAGAAGAGCCGCAAGCAGCGCGGGGCCAACGCUGCCGAGGGGGACAGGGAGCCUGGGGGGGCUGCAGCUCAGGGGGCUCCACAGGGACCCGGGAAGGCACCUCCGGGCUCGCCAAUGUCCUCUCGGAAGAGCAAAGGGAAGGAGAAGGCGGCCAAGGCGGCUUUGGGGAGGAUGAGCAGUGAGGAGGCGGCGGAGAGCAAGCCACCAGUGCCCGGCCCUGGCGUGGAUGAGGGGGAUCCAGCCGGGAGUGCUCCCCCGAGGCAGAAGGGGAAGGAGCCAGGGGCACAGUCCCCGGGGAAGACAAAGGCCACCAAGCCCUCAAAGGCAGGGCAGGCUGGUGGCUUGGGCGUACGUGACGGUGCACCAGUGAUCCCUGACAACGGAGCCCUGGCUCCUUCGGGAGAGGCAUGCCAGGAGAUGCCAGGGAAGCCUCUCCAACCCAAAAGCGUGGCAGCUUUCGGAGGGGAUGCUGCUGAGGGAGCCUGGAAGGAUCCUGCAGCUGAGAUCCCUAGAGUCCCUGCAGCUGAGAUCCCUGUGGUUCCUGCAGCUGAGAUCCCUGGGGUUCCUGCAGUUAAGGUCACUGGAGUCCCUGCAGCUGAGAUCCCUACAGUUCCUGCAGCUGAGAUCCCCAGCAAGACUGCAGCUGAGAUCCCCAGGAAGCCCUCAGAGAUCCCCACAGUUCCUUCAAUUGAAAUCCCUUGGGAGCCUGCCCCUGAGACUCCGAGGAAGCCUUCAGCUGGGAUCCCCAGGUCUCCUCCUAUUGACAUCCCUAGGAAGACUGCAGCUGGGAUCCCCAGGGUUGCUACUCCUGAGAUCCCUUGGGGACCUGCCCCUGAGAUCCCCAGGAAGCUGAGCCCCCCGUGCUUUGCAGAUGGAGCUUCUGCAAGGUCAAACACCCUGGACGUGACCUGGCCUGAGAUGUAUGACUAUUUUUUCUGUGAUUCCCAAGAGGAAGAAGAACUGGGGAGCUCAGUGGAGGGGCGGAGAUCACCCUUGCAAAGGGAAAUAUCCUGGCCUGAACUGUACGAGUAUUUUUUCAAUGAACCAGAAGGAAACAGGAAAAAAGUCAAAGGUAAAGACAGGAAAAGAAAGAAGUUCAGCAGCUUGGACCACACUGGGCUGCAAAAUGAGGAUCCCAGCUCAGCUGCAGUCAAGGACACUGUGAUUAUCUCAGUCCCCGAGGUGUGUGAACACUUCUUCCCAGAGACACCUAGGAACAGGAUGGGCUGGAGAGGCAUUUUCUCAAUCGCUCCAGCCUCCGAGGUGAAGAGAGCUGUGGGGGCUCUGAAGUCCCUCCUGCAAAGGCAAAUCCACCCCGAUGGCAGCCAAGCCCCAGCCUCCCAGGCUCUGGUGCCAAGAGGAUCCGCAGAGAAGUUCGCCCUCGUCCCACUGGCUCCCCUGGGAAGAGGCCAGGUGUGGCCAGAGGGUGAGGAGAUGGCCCUUGUACUGAGAGGGACAGCAGAGGAUCCACGAGUGCUGACCCACAAAGACAUGUGCCUGGUGUUCUGUGCCUUUGCAUCCUGGGCAGUGAAGACAUCUGACCUGCAGGCUCCGGAUGCCUGGAAGACCAUGUUCCUGGCAAGUUUUGGCACGCUCUCUGCCAUCCGCUACUUCCGGAGGCAGGUCAGAGAAGGACAACCCCGGACUUAGGCUCAGCCCACACUGGAGGUGCUUCCUGGGGACAGGUGGGCACGGUGGAGGCAGAGACUGGGGACUUUGUUCUUGGACAGUGUGAGAAGCCUGGAUCCCAGCACCAAGACUUCUCUGGACCCAUCCCUACACGGGACAGGACGUCACAGGAAGCAGGAUCGUUCCGGUGACAGGAGUUGAUGGCACGGUAGGCAGGCGGUACCUGUACUGGAGAAAAGGGGAGCCCAGCCUGGGCUGGCUCUGGUCUUUCCUUGCACUCUCCUGGGACAUUCCCUAGGAGCAGCCAGUGUCUGUUCCAGGGCACUGCUUAUCCCUCCUCCCCGCUGAAGUCACCUGGUGGCAAAGGAAGGCACUGACGUGGUGGUGGAGGGAGGUGAGGGCAAAAGAAACCAGGAAAGUGCUUCAUUCGUAUGAAAGAGCUGGGAUAUCUGUGAAGGAAGAGUGGAGAGAGCUUUGGGAAGAGCUGUCUGUCCAAACGUGGGGCUUGGCUAAGCAUGUGCUGGCUGGGCAGCAGCUAAAGGGGGAUGGAGGGGCCGCUCUCCUGGCAGAGCCCAGGGCUCCCAUGAUUGGUUUGGCUCACUGCAGGAGGACUCAUCCUCUUGGAUUGCACUCCUAGAAGUCACAGUUCAGUGUAACAGUUCAGGAGGCUGAGAUAAGGUUUCUGGUGCAUGUAGCCACCUCAGCCCUGCUGAGCCAGAGCCACGUCUGUCCCCGUGGAUGAGGAGCACCCGCUGCAAGGGCACAUCCCAAACCCGCAGGCAGAGGAUGGACAAGGGGUCACACAGCCAGAGCCAGGGGAAGGGGCAGCCAGGAAGGGUUCUGCAGGAGAUGCAAAGGAUGGAAAGGGGUAGCAGAGAAAGGGGCUGAGCUCAGGGAAGUCUCAGGAAAGAGCCCUGACGAGGACAGGAGCAUGUCAGAGAGGAGGAAGAAGUACGUGUACGUGUUUGGCUCGGCCCAAACCACACAAAGGGUCUGGACAUAUGACUUGUUCCCUCUUCUGCCUCCCACCCUAGAGGGGUAAAAUUGGUUGGGGGAGAUUGGGAGUGAGGGGGUGCUGUGGCUGAGUCUGUAACCUGGGGGCCUUGGGAAGGGCUCGAGGGGGCCCAGAAUGGAAGGUGGGGUGAAAAAUAAAAAGGAAGCAAUUCAAUUCCUCCCCUGUCUCCAGUGCUUUCCUCAUCACUCAAGGGCAUUAUUCAUGAGGGUUUUUCUUGACUCCCAAGUCUGUUAACAGCAUGAAUGUGAGAUUAAGCACUCGGGGACCAGAUCCACAAAGGUACGAAGGGAAAUCAGCCCAGAAUACCAGUGUGGAUCUGCCUGUGAGCUUUAUAGGAAUGGUGUGGUGAUGUUUGUCUCAUGAAACCAGAGAGGGGAGGUUUAGCUCUUUCCUUGUAAUGCAGAGUGCCAUGCAAUUUUAAUGUGUGUAGGGAUGGACUGAAGACCAUGUAUUGUUGCUGAUAAGAGAGCACACUGUGCAAUUGUGCAGUGAGAUAUGUAACUGUAAGUAGUGAGAGAGAUGUACAGGCUCUAUAUGGACUAUAGCAGCUGUAUAUCCAGUAAGAGGAGUUUUGUGGAGGAGAAGAACAGAUAAAACAUGCUGGAAGCUUCUAAUAAAGUUCUAUUUCAUUUACUA